CGGUGAAAUAGACUCCUACUUCACAUCCCACUGAGAGCGCAAUCGUAUCACGCUUUCUUCUAUCUUCAGGCAAAUCAAAUUAAAAUCACAACACCCCCAAUUCCCGAAACCCUAACCCUACCUCCUCGCAGCCAUGGCUAAGAAACGAAAGCUUCGAUCCUCUGACCCCGAACCCACCAAACCCAUCGAGCCACAGCAACAGGACCAAGAGCCAGUUGAACUCGACCAACAGCAACAACAACCCAACCCCAAACAAACCCUAGAAGAUCCUAACACGAUGGCCGUCGACGAAUCAAAACAGGAAGAAGAAGAAGAAGAAGAAGACGAAGAACCCCAAAACGCCGAAAGCGAAGAAGAGGAAGAGGAAGCUGAGGAACAACAAGAGGAGCGGCCACCAGAAACCCUAGAAGAGCAACAGGAUCCAGAAACCCUGGCGGCUGCAAACCACGCCGAAGUGAACGGCGGCAAUGAAGGAAACAACGAAGAAGAGGAAGAGGAGGAUCUCACUCUCGAAGAAGAGCCCGUGGAGAAGCUUCUGGAACCGUUCACAAAGGAGCAGCUCCACUCUCUCGUCACGCAGGCCGUGGAUAUGUUUCCCGAAUUCGUCGAUAGCGUGCGCCGGCUUGCUGACGUGGACCCUGCGCACAGGAAAAUCUUCGUCCAUGGCCUUGGCUGGGACGCCACUGCCGAUACUCUAACCGCCGUGUUCGGGAAAUACGGCGAGAUCGAGGAUUGCAAGGCCGUCACCGACAAGGUCUCCGGGAAAUCAAAGGGUUACGCCUUUAUCCUCUUCAAGCACAGGGACGAUGCUCGCAAGGCGCUGAAACACCCUCAAAAGAAGAUCGGAAACCGCACCACCUCGUGCCAGCUGGCCUCCGCCGGCCCCGUUCCGGCUCCACCGCCGAACGUGACCCCGGUGUCUGAGUACACCCAGAGGAAGAUUUUUGUGAGCAAUGUGAAUGCUGAGAUUGAUCCUCAGAAGCUGCUUGAAUUCUUCAAGCAGUUUGGGGAGGUUGAGGAUGGUCCUCUUGGUUUGGAUAAGAACACUGGGAAACCUAAGGGUUUUGCGCUUUUUGUGUACAAGUCUGUGGAGAGUGCCAAGAAGGCUUUGGAAGAGCCUCAUAAGAACUAUGAGGGGCAUACUUUGUAUUGUCAGAAGGCUGUUGAUGGUCCUAAGGGGAGCAAGGGGUAUCAUCAUCAGCAGCAUUCUCAUCCUCAUCACCACCACCACCAUCAGCCUCAUUACCAGAGGAAGGAGAAGAACAAGUAUUCCUCUGGUGGUGGUGGACCAUCGCAUGGAAGUGGUCAUUUGAUGGCGCCCUCGGGCUCUGCUGUGGGGGGUUUCAACCCUGGUUUGCCUGCACAGGGGUUGAAUCCAGCACUUGGACAGGCGUUGACUGCGUUGAUUAACCAGGGAGCUGGAUUGGGGCUUGGGAAUCUGCUUGGAGGGCUUGGGGGUGCCCCAGUUAACCAGGCGGGACCUCCUGCUCCGUAUGCGAAUCAGCCUGCUAUGGGGUAUGGGAACCAGCCAGCAAUGCAACCCGGAUACCAGAAUCCUCAAAUGGGACAGGGCAGUGGUGUGAGACCUCAUCCUGGUGCUGGUGCUCCUUACAUGGGUCAUUAGGCAAAGAAAUGGCCACACUUGGUGGGAGGGUUGGCUCUCACUAUAUACAAGUGUACCCUGGUUUGGAGUGAAUGUCAGAGAGAAGACCAGAUGGGUGCGAUGGUGUUAUCAUCUUUGCAGUUAUCCAUGGGUAUGAUCUUUUCUUUUGUUAUUGUCUGGGAAAGUUAAGUUCGGAAACUUGCCUACUUUUCACUUUCAGAAGCUUUUAAUUAAUUUCUGAAGAUAUUCUAAUUCUAAUAUAUUAACAAGUUGGGCUUCUGGAUUUCGCUUGGGAUUUCAAUUUGUUUUUUACGUACAAUCUUUCUUGGAGAAAGGUCCAUUUGAUAUUGCUGUCUUUGGUGAAAGUUAAUAUCUGGUAAAGCUGCAAAAGAAGCAUUUUAUAAAACUCAACAUACCAAUGUUGCUUUGCCAAAUUUUUUUUUUGAAAAUCUUGUCGAAGACAGUUAUCUUUUUUAAGGGUUUAUAAAGGCAAUACCAAACUGGGCAAAAGCUGUAGUCUAAGAAAGUGUAAUGUUUUCUUCAUGUUUUUAUUUGCGUGAGACUGAAAAUGCAUAAUUUUCUCACAAGGAUUAAUUUUUUGGAUGGCUAUUUAACAUUCUGGAUGUUAUAAUGAAGAUCAUACUGAUAUUGAUCACACAGCUUGAGAAGGCAGUUGGCACAUGCGUGAACUGCAAACCUGGCUCUCAAACAUCAAGAAAUUAUAUAUUGGCUUGAGGGAAAUGGUGAUCAAGAAGAUUACUGAUAAUAUUCCAAAAGAAUACUUAACUCUGCCAUGUUACAUUUUUGUUGGAGCUUCAAUAAAUUUGAGCUGGUUGAUCUUGGGCGAGGUGUUACAUUGAUUUAGAAAUUUUAGGUUCUUCCAACACUUGACCCCCGAAACUUUUAGUGGAAGAACCUAUAGUUAAAUAAUUACCCCCGUUUUUUGUUUAUGUGUUUUGUUUCUUUUUUAAAAACUUGUCAACGAAAUUGGAAAAGGAUAACGGGGUUUAAAUUCAAUUUUUCUCUA